AUGAAGAAAGAAAGUAGAAUGCAGCUCUCCACGUGUUGCAGGUGUUACUCGCUGAAAACGGGGACACUUUUCACCGGAAUAUUAGGCAUAAUCCUGUCGAUCAUCUCGUUGGUCAUGAUCUUCACUCUGAACGUCGAGUGGAAGACCAUACUGAUCGACGUGCUGGACCAAAGUAUCGUCAAGAUCAUUUUCGCGAUAAAUCUCUGUAUGACGAUCUUGAUCUCGACUCUGCUGAUUAUAGGAGCUGUUAAGAAAGUCACAUUUAUGAUGUUACCGUGGGUGGUGUUAGGAUUAAUCCUAGCGAUUGGUCUAUUGGUGAGCGUGAUCUACACGUCGAUCAUGUUCUUCGUGAAUCACGAGACGAUAAAUGGAAUUCUGUGGCUCGUCAUUGGCCUCAUAGCUGUUGUGAUUUACACGUACUUAUGGCUGGUCGUGUACAGCUACUUCCAGCAGCUGAGGUACAACAAAAUGAUCACCAGAAUCGGUCCAUACGGGAGACCGUACAAUUACCGACGACCCUGAGAGAAACCAAUAUCGAUCGUUUCCUCUUCGCGAACCAAUUAAUUAAACGGUUUUCUUAUUUUUGUUGUUCUUUUUUCGUAACGAGAGAAAAAGAUUCUCUCCUUCGUUCGGAUCGAACGAAAGAAGAACAGCCGAGAAUUGCUUCGAGAAGAGAUUCUACUUAAUGUUCAAUUACCGUAAUCGCACCAAAGCA